AGAAGCUUCAGCCAACUUCAACCAACUUCAACUCUAACUAUUGAAUAUCGUCGUCUCACGAUCCUCGAUCGGCAAAAUCAGCUCUCAUGGACUUAAUUCCGUCGUAAUGAAGCUACCAAUCAAGCCGUUCGGUACUUCCGCCAUUCUUCCGCGGUUCCCAACCGCUCUUCUCUAUCGCGGUUAUGCCACCCAGCAGGGGUUAGGGAAUAAUUCGGCCGCCUCUAAGAGGAGGGCCGUCACGCCAUUCAACGACGAUGGCAAUGUGCCAUGGCAUCAGCUUUCUGUCGGAGAGAAAGCAUCGCGUGCCACACAACAAACCUUCAAUUUCGGUGUUGUAGUAGUUGGCUUAGUCUUGGCGGGGGGUGUUGGCUACGUCCUUUUCGAAGAUGUCUUCUCUCCGGAGAGUAAGACCGCAUACUUCAGUCGAGCCUUCGAUCGAGUCAGGGAAGAUCGAGAGUGCGUGGCGCUUCUUGGCGAUAGCAAGAAGAUCGUUGCGCAUGGAGAAGAAACAAUGAAUAAGUGGCGUCGCGCUCGCCCCAUUAUGUCGACGCUGAGUACGGACGCCAGAGGCAUCAAGCAUUUAAUGUUCAAUUUUUAUGUUGAAGGUCCUCUCAAUAAUGGCACGGUAAAUGCGCACCUAACCAAGCGUCCUGGCCAUGACGAGUUCGAGUACAAGUACCUCUGCCUGGAUGUUAGGGGUCACCAAAGGAUUUACCUCGAAAACGCGGAAACUAGGUCUUCAAGUGGAGGCGACACGAAGUACAAGGUAUUCGGCAUUAUUUGGAAGUAGUUCGACAGGACGCUUCCGCGCAGGAUUGAAUUAGUUCCAGGGACUAAUGGCAUCAAAUGACUAAUCGGUUUCCCAUUCUCAACCUUGUGUCUCUAACUACUCCUACGAUUACUCGACCGUCAUUGCAAUAUUCUACUUUAUAUGCUUCUUCCUUCUUCUUCCUCUAGCAUUCCUCGUUGUCGCGGUUUGUCAAGCGUGUCUGUGCUUUCCCCUAUUCGCAUUUAAAUCGUUUGACGUUGAAUCUAACGGAUCCUAGCGAUGAAAUCAAUGGGGCACUAGAAACGCAUUGCAGUGAUGCUGACCCGUU